CUCGGGCUCCGAUUGGCUGCGGGUAGAGGGGCAGGUGGCCGGGACGGCGGUGCUGAGGGGAGUUCGCGGCGUUCUCGGGACCCUAGUCUCGGGCCCCUGCCCCCUGUUCCCAGGCCUCGGGAAGACUGCAGGCUACGGGAAAUCUCUGCGGGGGGAGGGAGGAAGGACGGAGGGACCCGGGACUCACUGCGUCUUGCAUGGAGUGGACAGGGAGGUGACAAGAUCACAUUUUGAGAAGAAGUUGGAGAGAAGCCCAAGUGAUUAACUGAAGCCCUGGAUGAGGACAGGAUCUCUGAGGAGAAACUGGAAGGUAUGAUGAGUACAUUCUGAGUCCCAGGAUAGUGGGAAGCCACCAAUGGAGUGCAAGCAUGCUAUGGAAAUUGCUGAUAAGAUCCCAGCUGUGCAGGCUGUGUUCCUUCAGAAAGAUGCUGUCGGCUUCAAAAUACAGACCCUCUUUAGCGUCCUUCACCUAUACAACUGAUCAUCAGUCAAACAAAGAAAAUAAAAGAACAGUGGAAAAACUCUAUAAAUUUUCAGUUGACAUCAGGAAAAUUCGCAGAUUAAAAGGAUGGGUCCUUUUUGAAGAUGAAACCUAUGUUGAAGAAGUUGCAGAUGUUUUACAACAACUAGGUGCCGAUGAAGCUACUGUUGCCAGUAUUUUGGAACGUUGCCCAGAAGCAAUUGUCUGCAGUCCAACCACUGUUAACACUCAGAGAGAAGUCUGGCAGUUGGUCUGCAAAAAUGAGCAAGAGUUAGUUAAGUUAAUAGAACAGUUUCCAGAAUCUUUCUUUACUAUUAAAGACCAGGAAACCCAGAAGCUGAACAUUCAGUUCUUUCAAGAGUUGGGACUCAAAAAUGUGGUCAUUGGCAGAUUUUUGACAACUGCAUCUAAUAUUUUUCAUAACCCUAUUGAGAAAAAUAGGCAAAUGAUAAGUAUUCUCCAAGAGAGUUACCUAAAUUUGGGUGGCUCUGAGGCCAACAUGAAAGUUUGGUUACUGAAAUUAUUAAGCCAGAAUCCAUUUAUAUUGCUAAAUUCUUCUGCAGCUAUAAAGAAAACACUAGAAUUUCUCCAGGAGCAAGGUUUCACAAACUUUGAAAUUCUCCAGCUUUUAUCCAAACUCAAAGGAUUUCUUUUUCAGCUUUGCCCAGGAAAUAUACAGAAUAGCAUUUCCUUCUCUAAAAAUGCUUUUAAAUGUACAGAUCAUGACCUGAAGCAAUUAGUUUUGAAAUGUCCUGCCAUUUUAUAUUACUCUGUUCCAGUUUUGGAAGAGAGAAUUCAGGGAUUACUGAAAGAAGGGAUUUCCAUAGCUCAGAUAAAAGAGACUCCCAUGGUUCUUGAAUUAACACCACAGAUAGUGCAGUACAGGAUAAGGAAACUAAAUUCCCUAGGCUACAGAAUAAAAGAUGGACAUCUAGCAAAUUUAAAUGGAACAAAAAAAGAGUUUGAGGCUAACUUUGGCAAAAUUCAGGCCAAAAAAGGAAGGCCAUUAUUUAACCCUGUGGCACCAUUAAAUGUUGAAGAGUAACUUGGGGACUGCUGCUGCUUUAUAGUAUCGCAGAGUGAAGCUGAGUAGCAAAGACUUAAGUGAUUCAGGCAGUUUAUAGGCACUACUACUUUUAAGAAACUACUAACCUUUUGAGUUGUGUCUAAGUUAAUUCCAAAGCAGACAAUCUGACUCCUUUGCUAUAUUUUAAACUAUAAACUGCAUUUAUUUUAAAUAAAUUUGGUAAAUAAAGUUGGUAAUUUUGAUUUUGAGCUAUUUUUAAAAACUCCUGUACUAGUAAGUGGCACAUCAGAAUGAUAACUUUAUCAGAGAAUCCUUUCUAAGAAUUGCCAGGUGCACUCCCUUAAUGCAGGUAUGGAUACAUUUUUAUUUGUGUAGCACAUUUCGUCUGGGACAUAGAUCCAGUCUGUCUUCCUCACCACCAGCUCUGAAACAUCACUCUACUGUGGUCUGAAUCCUGUGUGUCUUAGUGUUAAGUGAAAUUAGCAAACUUCUAAUAUUUUUUUUUCGAGAAAGCUGAUUUUAUCUCUUGGUUGUGAUAAAGGAGUACCUUUGAGAACCAAAUAUUUCUCAUCCAAAAAAGAACAGAGCUUACUUGUGUGGUUUGUUUAAAACUGACCAUCUCCUCUCAUAGAACUCCUUUAUGUGCACUGAUUACUUUCCCCAUUUUAUAGAUGAGGAAACAAGCUUAGAGAGGCCUGCCAAGUGACAGAGCCCAGAUUUAUUGUGAUCUGACUUCUGUUCAAACCUGUGAAUAGAAAAAGGAUUGCUUAAGAGUUGGCAUUAAUUAAGAAAAGUUAUACCCUGGGGUGCCUGGGCGGCUCAGGAGGUUGACCUCAACUCUUGGAUUCAGGUCGGCUCCUGAUCUCAUGGCUCCGUGCUCAGUGGGAGUCUGCUUGGAUAUUCCCUCCCUCUGCCCCUUCCUCCUCUCUUGCUUGCUUUCUCUCAAGUAAAUGAAUCUUUAAAAAAAAAAAAAAAAAAAAA